AUGAGGCGGAUGCACAGAUUCCGCCCUAAGAAACAAUUUUGCUGUGGUCUGUGCCAGGACUCAUUUGACACCGUGGCAAAUCUGGCUAUCCACAAGAAGAAGAAGCACCCAGAUAAAGUAACUCAGGCAGAGUUGAGGUCAAACUGUGGCAUUUGUGGGAAGGAUUUAAAUGUUAUCAGUAUGUCGAUUCACAUGGAAGUUGUUCACAAAACCAUCCCUUCCAUUAGCUGCUCCACUUGCGGGAUGCAGUUUAACGAAAAGCACAGAAAAUCUGACUACCUCCGUCACACUGCUCGAUUUAGAGAAGUCCCCUGCAAAUGUUCGGAACCUAACUGCUCAGAAACUUUUAAGAGGGUGCGAGACGCUCGUCUGCAUGCCGAACGUCACGCAGCCCUUAAAAUAAAAGAUGGUAAGACGCUUUGUUCCCUCUGCCCAGGAGAAUUCAAAUCCACGCGAAACUACGCACUUCACAUGAGGAAGGGCCACCCCUCGUUUGAUUGUAAAUUGUGCGGAAUGCGGUUUAAGCAGAGGUGCCAUUUGGAAAUGCACCAGAAAAGCCAUGGUAACAAACGACCCUAUAAGUGUGACCGGUGUGGGAAGCGAUUUAAAGACGUUAAUUACUUUGAGCUUCAUAAGCAGGAUCACGUUGAUCGAGAUCACGGCGCAGUAUUUAAAUGCUCCACUUGCUCCGCCAUCCUAAGAAAUCGCCGCGGUUUUGUUGAUCAUAUUCGGAGACAACUCUGUAGAAAUGCUAAGCCUCUCCCACCCCGUAAAACCUAUGACCUUUCCAAUUUACCGAAAGGAAUAGCGCAGUGCUACUUUUGCAGGAAGGCCGUCACAGGAUCUGUCCUUGAAGACCACUACCGCCUCCACCUACUCGAAACGCCGUACCGAUGCUGGAUCUGCCCAGAAAGGGUGGCCUUCUUCAGCAGUGUCACGUUGUACAGGCACUUGACCCGAAACUCAAGCUUAUAUCGGGGUCAUGACCCUGGACUAGAGAAGGAAAGCAGGGGUGAAGAAAUCCCCUGUACACAGACAAAUUGUGGGAAAACUUUCGCAACAAUUCUUCAAUUAAAUAGACAUUUAGAUAUGACAGUUGGAGUAACAUGGGAGAAAUGUCCACUAUGUCCACAACUCUUCAGUACACAAAGCCAGCUAAAGUUGCAUAAGGAUAGAGACCAUUUUGCUACCACAGCGCCCCCAAGAUUCUCCUGCACUGCUUAUGGUUGUACGGAAUCAUUCCAUACUUUGCCUGCCCUACUGGAUCAUAAAGGGGUUGUACAUACAGGGGCGAAAGCAGCCUGCACAAUUUGCGGCAUAAUAAUGUGCAAAAGUGGUAUUAAAAAGCACCAGGAAGUUACACACUGGAACUUGGAAAAAUUCAGGUGCAAUUUUUGCGGAAAGGAAUUAAGCAGCAGGUACAAUUUGGAAAGCCAUGUGCGCGUCCAUCUCGACGAAAAAGCCUACAAAUGUGUCUACUGCAAGGCUACAUUCCAUACUGGACAGUAUAGUGUUUUGCAUGCCAAAUUAUGUCGGGCAGGAUACAUAUCGGAAGAUGGGAGCGAGAUCACGUGUCCAUUUCCUUCUUGUGGGAAAAUAUUUGGGGGACUUGUAUCAUAUUUGGUCCACCGGAAUAAAAAGCAUGCAAUCCGCCCUGGGGAGGAGUGCUACUUCUGUGGAAAAUUUAUUCAGCAGGAAGAAAUGGGGGUGCACUUAAAGGAGGAGCAUUUGAGGGAGAAGAUGGCGAAAUGA